AUCGCAUCGUUGGUGGGCGUGCUCCUUUAGCUUUUCCCCAUCGUUUUUCGCCUCGUUCUCGGGUCUCGGAAUUCAACUUUUUAACUCAUAAAAAAAAGCCAUUUAAAUCAAUUGGAUAAGUGCCAAUAAACAGUGAACGAUAAACAAUUAAUAAACUGACACUAUUAACAAGCAGCCAACGGUGCGUGUACGCAAUAGGGAAAGUGAGUGAGUGCAAGUGAAAUUGUGGCCAUUGUUUCGGGGCAUUACAUUUGACACUGUCGGUGUCAAUUUGCCUACCAAGGCAAAGGCAGCUCCCUUUCACCCCGCAGCACUGCACCAGAUGGCAGCCAGAAGCCAAGUUGGAAGACUCUAGAUUUUGGCCCAAAAUGCUUAAAAAAGUUUUCAACGACUCAAAGUUGGCUUAAGAGUUUGUGGUUUCUCUAUUGACACGCUCAAAUGGAGUUCGACAAUAGCGCGCUGUUUAAAGGCAGCCGUAGGUUGUUUGAGAAAAACGAAAGAAUGUACUACAUAGCUCCGCAGCAGCCGCUGUUGAGGAACGAGGAUGAUGACUACCAGGAGGGAUCCCUCGGCCUGCCCGACUCCGCCUCCCUCCUUUUCAAUGCCACCGCACAACCGACGGCGGUCGAUGAGGCGUCCUACGGAUACGGAUCUACUACCACGCUCAAUGGCCUGCAGCUGGAGACCUAUAAUGUCACCUAUAUUAUGAACUUUAGCUGCGAUGGCGAUGACAUUCAGUCGGAGGACCUGUGGUCCAGUGUCUACUUCAAGAGCACUGUCUACCUCCUGUACAUUCCUAUCUUUUUCUUCGCCCUGAUCGGCAACGGAACUGUCUGCUACAUCGUUCAGUCUACGCCGCGAAUGCGCACUGUUACCAACUACUUUAUAGCCAGCUUGGCACUGGGCGACAUCCUGAUGUCUCUGUUCUGUGUGCCUUCGUCCUUCAUUUCGCUAUUCAUCCUCAACUACUGGCCUUUUGGCGUGGUGCUCUGCCACUUUGUAAACUACUCGCAGGCGGUCUCCGUACUGGUCACCGCCUACACUCUGGUGGCCAUCAGCAUCGACCGCUACAUAGCCAUCAUGUGGCCACUAAGGCCCCGCAUCACAAAACGUUAUGCCAAACUCAUCAUCAGCGGCGUUUGGUUUGUCGCACUUGCCACGGCCCUCCCAAUACCAAUUGUAUCCGGCCUCGACAUCCCCAUGUCUCCCUGGCACGAGAAAUGCGAAAAAUACAUUUGCCGCGAAAUCUGGCCGUCGAGGACGCAGGAAUACUAUUACACGCUGUCCCUCUUCGCACUGCAGUUCGUGGUGCCACUGUCGGUGCUCGUCUUCACUUACACUCGGAUUGCCAUCCGCGUUUGGGGCAAGCGGCCGCCCGGCGAGGCGGAGAGCUCCCGCGACCAGCGUAUGGCCCGCUCCAAACGCAAGAUGAUUAAGAUGAUGCUAACGGUUGUGAUUGUCUUUACAAGCUGCUGGCUGCCCUUCAAUAUUUUACAGCUUUUGCUGAACGACGAGGAGUUCGCGCACUGGGUGCCGCUGCCGUACGUGUGGUUCGCGUUCCACUGGCUGGCCAUGUCGCACAGCUGCUACAACCCGAUCAUCUACUGCUACAUGAACGCCCGCUUCAGGGGCGGAUUCCUGCAGAUAGUGCACCGCGUGCCGGGUCUGCGUCGCUGCUGCUGCCUGAACCGCUUGCUGAGGAGCGGCGGCGAACGCAGCUACGAACCAACCGGUGAGAUGCCCAUCAAGGGCCAACGCCAAGUCGGUGACGGUCUAGUCAGGAAAUCUAAACUUCGCAUUAGGAACGGCCACGGCAUUCCACUUGAACCGCAUGAACACGUGCACCACCUACAUCAGCACCCGGCGAAAGUUACGAGCGAAUUCUAUGCAAGCGAGCCCAUUUUCAUGUGCCGAGACGUCAGCCCUCCGGUAGCUGCCAAUUCAGCCAACGAAUCAUUAGUCCAGCGAGCGGAAAACUCAGGUGCAGAAAACGUAAAUGGCAAAAAAGAUUGCGUACAUAGCACGGACUUUUAAGUAAAAGCAAACCAAACAACAACCAAAGAACGAAUCUCUCACAGACAUAUGUCUGCUGAGUGUAUAUGUGUGCGUGUGUGAGUGUCCGAGUGUUUUAGCUGUAUUGUAAGUGUCGGCUUAAUGCAAUUCUACUGAAUGUAUACUAACGAUAUUUAAAUCAAUUUUAAAAGUAUACAAUUUUCACAUUAUAUUAAGUGAUUGUAAUGAGCAAAUUCAAAUAAAGCCCCAAAAUAC